CGCUUUGCCAAAUGAAUGGAAGCUAUGCCCCCCAUGGAAUUGACUAUGACACAUCCACCCUUUAGGCAAUUUUCUGGUCUCACUCACUUGGGUACCUAUGUGAUUCUUGCCACCCGACCCCUUGGUCCAGCAGAAAUCGGGAAAGGAUGGUUACACAACGAACAUGACCUCUACGAGUACGCGGUUACAGACAAGGACGUAACUGUCAUGCAUAGUCGAUUGCGUCACGCCCUACAUUGGUGGUGCUCAUGGUGCGAUAGCAGUUUCAUCCUGUCCAUCAUCGCGAAAGGAUAUUGGCUUCCCUGGAAGGAAGGCGUGCCACAUGCCUUUGAGGAUAGCAAUCAUGCUGGAGUUCACACACACCUGGACUUCACUCAUGGAGCGAUUCGCGACCUCGUCACCUCGGGUGCCGCCGUUAAGGUCCCUACAAAGGACGCGCUCAUGUGUGUCAGUCCACUUAACGUGGUGGAGCAGCGCCACAAAUGUCGCCUCAUUCUUGACUUGCGCAAAGUCAACAACUACCUCGACAUCCCCAAGUUCAAGUACGAAGGCUUGAACAGGGUAGCCGAACUCAUCCGCCCAGGCGAUUGGAUGUUCUCCAUCGACCUAAAGUCAGGCUACCACCAUGUCGAGAUCCACCCCUCCUGCUGGAAGUUCUUGGGAUUUCGGUUCGAAGGAGACUACUAUUCCUUCAUAUCGCUCCCGUUCGGGCUUGCCACUGCCCCAUUCGUCUUCACACAACUGAUCAAACAACUGGCAAAGCGAUGGCGGGCAAGCGGCGUGCGGGUUGUUCCAUAUGUCGACGACUUACUAUUCCUCUACAACUCCCACUCGGAUGCACGCUCGACCUGCGCAGCUGUGGUUCAGGACCUGAAGGCAGCAGGUUUUGUUAUAAACGGCAAAAAGUCACAUCUACACCCCUCACGCCAGAUAACUUUCCUCGGCUUGGAGAUUGAUGCCGCCCAAGGCACCUUCUCCGUCGGACUCGAACGUCGAGCACAACUUUUUGCUUCACUCCAAGCCCUCAUCGCCCAGGGACAAGAGGGACGACCGGUUCCCAUCCGGUCCCUUGCGAGAAUCACAGGAAUGCUGGCCUCCAUGAAUCUGGCAUUGGGCGCUACGGCACUGUUUGACGCUUUUUCGUUCAGCUGGCAGCACGAGCGCGGCUUUGCGUUUCCCCCUCCCAACCUCAUUCCAGCCACAUUACGACAUGCUAAACGCACACACGCUGAGGCAUUAUAACGAAGCUGCAAACACAACUGCUACACGUAAUCACCCAUGUCCGUGCCCCUUCCACCAUCCGAACGUAUGAGCCCUACUGGCUCAAAUUUCGCUCCUUCUGCAUGAAGGUGAAGUUGAGCUACCUGCCUGCAACGGAUAUGACCUUGGCACUCUACCUUAUUCAUGCACUAAAUCACCAGGCCACCACAUCUGCCAUAUCGCUUACAUGCUCCGCCGUCGCCUUCGCGCAUCGCAUGACUGGCGAGCCCUCUCCCUUGACUGGACCAUUUACACUACAAGUGCGCGAAUUUGCCAAACGCCAUGGCCCGCGCCCCACCCGGAACAAGGAACCGUUGUCGCUGCACCAAGUGCACACCAUGGCCCGCCCCUUUCUGGAGUCCACCCGGCCGGCCGAAUACCAGAAAGGACUCAUCCCCAUCCUUAUGUUCGCCGCCUUCCUACGCUACUCCGACCUUGUCAGUCUCCAAUAGCACGACAUACAGUUUGAGCCUGAGGCGAUGUGGCUGCUCAUCCCGCACUCCAAGACCGACCAGGAAAGCAGGGGCACGUGGAUUCCGGUCGCUGCCACUUCCGGCCCAUACUGCCCGGUACGCUGCACACGACACUUUCUUCUCCUCGCGGGUCACACCUCCAUCCCACACGGGCCAUUGAUCUGAGUCUUCGGGAACAGCACGAUAAUGCCAAGGAGCUCUACGUUACCAUCGCACAUGACCAACUCCUUCAAGCCUCCAUGCAACUCCAAGACGCAGCCACCGCUCCCACGCCCAAUCAGCACCAGCUAUCUAUUCAACGCCACCGCCAACCCCUUCUGCACAUGUCUCAGAAGACCCAGAUGAAAUGAAGCACGCUGCCUGCGAUCAGACGCCCGAUCUUUCAGUUUCUGAAUAAUCAGAGGUUUUAGAGUAGAGUUUCUAGGAGAUCAGAAGUUCCAGCCUUACAUUUCUAAAUUUGUAC